ACUUAGAUUAGCGGUAGCGGGCAACUCGGCUCUUGUGUCUAGAGUGUAUCGCGUUUCCAAGGGGAAGUUGGAGCGGCGUUGCCGCUGUUGUUGGUGCCGGUGACAGCAGGGGAAGCCCAGUGCGGCUCAGCCCGGUCUGGGGACGCGACCAUGAGUUUGGCCUUGAGGAAUGAUCUUGCGGUAGACAAAACCAAAAGGAAAAAAAGAAGAGAACUGACUGAAGAACAGAAGCAAGAAAUUAAAGAUGCUUUUGAGUUGUUUGACACAGAUAAAGAUAAAGCAAUAGAUUAUCAUGAAUUAAAGGUGGCAAUGAGAGCCUUGGGUUUUGAUGUAAAAAAAGCUGAUGUACUAAAAAUACUUAAAGAUUAUGAUAGAGAUGCAACAGGCAAAAUCACCUUUGAAGAUUUUAAUGAAGUUGUGACAGACUGGAUAUUGGACAGAGAUCCACAAGAAGAGAUACUCAAAGCAUUCAAAUUAUUUGAUGAUGACGACUCAGGUAAAAUAAGCUUGAGAAACCUACGCCGUGUUGCUAGAGAACUGGGUGAAAACAUGUCUGAUGAAGAACUACGAGCUAUGAUUGAAGAAUUUGAUAAAGAUGGAGAUGGAGAAACGGAGGCUACCCAAAUCUACUGGUUCUGUCCUUGGAGAGCAGAAAUGGCAGUUGAAGUACGGCUCCAGAGCAUCAUUCUCUCCUCUCUAACAGCUUCUGUGCUGGAGCUUCAUGAGUUGGGUGUGGCCCUGCCUGUGUGUGUGCUGGAGGAGGCUUAAUAGCUUGGCUCAAUAGGACAGGUAAAAAGGUGCCCAGGCGGGCAUAACAGGCAGGUUCAGUGGUAUCUUAACACAUUAGGUGGCAUCCUAAGGGGGGCAACCCAUCAUAGUGGCAUAGCAGGCAGGAUAGUUUGCACAGCUUAUUGCCCUGAAACAUUGGUGGUGGUUUUAAGUGUGGUGACUAGAGAACAGACAAAGUGGUUACUGGUUUGUUAUUUUCUGUUUGUUUAUUUUGGGGAAGGGAAGUAGAGGCAGAAAAGCAGCAAAAUGAGUGAAAGUGAAGCUAUCAAAAAGUUGGAGUGCUACAGAUUGCAAGUAGA